AUGGAUCUUUUUCACGUUAAUGGUAGGAAAUUUCCAAUCCAGGGAGAUUUUCUAGAAGGAGUCGAACUUAUUUCUUUUUAUGCAGCUGUAUUGGAAGGUUAUAUAGGGUUUAUAAUUGUUGUUGAUAAUAAAGCUAGUGGUUAUCCAGUCUAUGUCGUAUCCUUAAUAUUUAAUGAUUAUGACAGAUUUGUAGGGUUUGACCAAUGCAAGGUUUUUGAUAUGUUGUCUGGUUGUAUUCAUCAUUGUCAUGAGUUUAAUCUUGACGAAGAUGGCGUUUGUUUACGAGAUCAGCCAGAUAUUCGACACGUUGAUCCGUGUAAUAAUAUUUUGAGAGUCUAUGGAGAUAGUGAUAUUGGGUUCAAUUAG